AUGACACUUUUUUUCCUCGAAACAUGUUUACACGGAGUUUUACAUGACAACCGAUUGAAUUCAUCAUUCACACACCCCCAUUGUCCAUAUAAAAACAACGAAACGUUUCCGUUGUUAGUCAUAUCUGAGGUGAAACACUUGUUUAUAGGAAAGACUGAAUAUCCGGUGUAUAUUGACUUCAAACAAAAGUUCUCAGUCGAUGUGACAUGUGACAAUAAUGAAGUGAAUCAAUUUAAAGGCAACUUUGGUGUUGUUGGAAGGGAAAAACUAUUACAAGUUGAAAUUCCGAAGUGUGGAGAAUUUAUAGAAAGAACAGCAACAAUCAAAAAAGACAGCGCCGAGUUCAGAGUUAACUGCAAAAACGCUUCUGUUGCAUUUUCAAAUGAGGUUAAUGGGAAGGUUGGAUUAGGACAGAACAAUUACAUGUUUAUCAAUAUAUCAAACAUUCCACUGAUUCUCUACAUAAUAAACAGUGAUUUGUACACACAAUUUCUGACUUAUAAGAGCGUACAAGGUACUUUAUUAAUGAGCGACAAUUAUUUAAGAACAACAAAAGGAACUUUGUAUGACAGUGUGUAUUAUUAUAAUGUCUCAUUUAAGGGUAAAAAGAAAAAUGGAGGGAAAGAUGUCCCACAUAUGUAUUUUAGCAAUAGCCAAUAUUUCACUUGUGAAGACAAAGCUUUAACUUGUGCAAAUAAGACAUAUGCAGUACAAUGUAGUCAAGGGUUUAUUAUGAAUCAAGCAGGCAAUUGUAUUCAUAUAGAAAACUGUAAAACUACAAUAGGAGGUAUUUGUAUUGAACUUGGAGGGGCGUUCGACUAUGAAAACAAAGAAUUUACAAAAUGUGAUAACAACUGCUUUUUAUGUGUAAGAAAUGUCUGUUUUAUAUGUGGUGCUAAUUCGAUUCUAAUAAAUGGUAGUUGUCAAACAAAAGGAAUUGGAGGGAAAACAGUAAACUCUCAUUCUACAGUGAGUUGUGAAGAUGGUUAUUUCAACAUGUUAAAUUCAUGUCACAUGUGUCACACUCGUUUUGAAAAUUGUGAACUUUGUAACAAGAAAAAAUGCACCAAGUGUGUUUCUGGCUUUUCAUUUAAUAAAAUACAGCAAUGUGUUAUACAAACUUCAAUCCAAAAUAUCUUAAAAACGACACCACAAUGUCCACUUGGGUAUUCAGUAUCCGAAAAUGGGAAGUGCACUGAGUCAAUAUCACAUUGUAUACAUCAAAGCGAAUCCACCUGUUUACAAUGUGACAGCAAUUAUAUUCUCUCAUAUGGAAAUUGUUACCAAACUGUUAUUAGUAACAAUGAAAGUUGUAGGGUAUAUUCUUCCAUUGGGUGCAUUCGAUGUAAAAAGGGGUAUUACACUGACAAAUCCAACAAAUGCAGUCCGUGUAACAUUAAGUGUACUGAAUGCACUGGAAACUCCGAGAAGUGUCAGAGUUGUAUUCCUGGGACGGUCUUGUCGCAUGGGAAGUGUGUCACAAUAUUCACUCUUGAGGGGAUAUGUACUUCAUUUGAAGCGAAUGGGCAAUGCACGCGGUGUACCGAUGGGUAUUUCACAGUGAAUGGAACGUGUCAGAAAUGCACACAUCCAUGUGCGAUAUGUAAAAAUGAAUUGAUUUGUGAGAAGUGUGAAAACAAGUAUUUUAAGAAUGAAAUGAAUUUGUGUGAGAGUGUGUAUAACAUCUCAAAUUGUAGUGAAGUCUCGGACACUUCGGGUGUAUGCAGUGCUCCGAUGGGUAUUACAAAAGUGGACUGCGCUGUGCCAAAUGUCAAACAAAUUGUUCGAAGUGUAUAA